UAUAUGUCUACAUACUGCACAUUUUUAUUUAGUAUGUUUUUACGGUCACAUUAAUCGAUCAUAUGGCGCAAUUGCUUUCUAACACUUGUUGCCCGGCCGCGAUUACAGUCGGACGUGUUUUCGCUGCCGUUUUUCCGCGUCGGUCCGUCUUAUCUGCGCUGCGCUGGCACUUCGUUGGAGAGAGGGAGACGGAGGAGCGGUACACGACUUCGUGCAUGACGCGGCGCCCUGGAAAAUUGCAUUUUCAUACGGUUCGAGCUAAUUUAUCGCCGAAAUGAUGGUCAAUUUAUUGGCCUGAGUGCGGAGGGCGAGUGGGCGUGUGUAAAUGAAAAAGUGGCUGGAAAAGUGCGAAGAAAUCGACAAUCGUGUUGCGCGUUUUGUUUGCCUUACGUUGCUGCUGCGCUGCGACUGCGCUGCCGAGGGUGGUUAACGGGAUCGCGGGGGCGGGAAAGCCAAUUGUUGACGUUGUUUCGCAUCUUGCCUCUCUUUCUCUUAACCGGAAUUGUUUGUCGCGUGUUUUUUACGGCUGAGUCUUAUUGACAAGCCAGCCUCUGCCGGCUGAGGUGCCUUUGCCGCCGUCGCUGCCCCGGCAUUGCUAUUGUUAUUGUUAUUGUGUGCGGUUUGUGCCUCCUUCGUCGUUUUCCCUUCCUUCCACUUAUUGUUAUUCUCUUUUCUGCGGCUAAGUGCGCGCACUCAAGGUGAAAAUAUAUUAAGUUCUUUCGAGUGUUUGCAUUUGAAUAAAAUAAAUAUAAAGUCAAAUUCGAUUUACUAUCGCCGUCCAUCGGCGGAUGAUUCAAUCGCGAGUAGUGCUACCUUUUCGGAUACCCAUUACCAGCGGCGCUCAGCGGACAUAACGAGGACGACAAAUCAUUGCAAUUAACUCGCGUAACCGACUGCGCCUCCCGAACAAUAGCUCCCAGCUCAGAAACAGAAACAGCAACGGGAGCAGCCACGUGGGGAGCAUCGGGCGGAGGCCCAUUGUUGCGCCACCCGGCGGCAGCCACUCUACACACUCGACACCCCCAACCCAGAUCCAAUCCUCACCUCGAGCUCUAACCCACAGAAGGCUUCAGACAUGGGCGACAAUAUAAUUGGCUCGGCGAGCUUCCUGCACUUGGGGGACAUUGUGUCCCUGUAUGCGGAGGGCAGCGUUUGCGGCUUCUUAAGCACACUCGGCCUGGUGGAUGAUCGCACUGUGGUGUGUCCCGAAGCCGGAGACCUGAGCUGUCCGCCCAAGAAGUUCAGGGAUUGUCUCAUCAAAAUAUGUCCCAUGAACCGAUACUCCGCCCAGAAGCAAUUUUGGAAAGCAGCUAAGCAAUCGGCCAGCUCCAAUACGGAUCCCAAUCUCCUCAAGCGUUUGCAUCAUGCUGCAGAGAUCGAAAAGAAGCAGAAUGAGACUGAGAACAAAAAGCUUCUGGGAACCUCAAUCCAAUAUGGACGGGCUGUGGUACAGCUACUGCAUUUGAAGUCCAACAAGUAUCUGACGGUCAACAAGCGUCUACCGUCGCUGCUGGAGAAGAAUGCCAUGAGGGUCUACCUAGACGCCAAUGGCAACGAAGGCUCCUGGUUCUACAUCAAGCCCUUCUACAAGCUCCGCUCCAUCGGAGACUACGUCGUGGUGGGCGACAAGGUGAUCCUCAGUCCGGUUAACGCCGACCAACAGAACCUUCAUGUGGCCGCCAACUAUGAACUGCCAGACAACCCCGGCUGCAAGGAGGUCAAUGUCCUUAACUCGUCCACCUCGUGGAAGAUCUCGCUGUUCAUGGAGCACAAGGAGAACCAGGAGCACAUCCUCAAGGGUGGCGAUGUGGUGCGUCUGUUUCACGCCGAGCAGGAGAAGUUCCUCACCAUGGACGAGUAUAAGAAGCAGUACCAUGUCUUCUUGCGCACCACUGGACGAACCAGCGCCACCGCUGCCACCAGCAGCAAGGCACUCUGGGAGAUCGAAGUGGUUCAGCACGACUCCUGCCGUGGCGGUGCCGGAGACUGGAACUCUCUCUACCGGUUUAAGCAUCUGGCUACUGGACACUACCUUGCAGCCGAAGCGGAAGUCGAUGUGUCUACUAGCGGAAUAGCCGCCACCUCCGCAUCAGGACAUGAACUGCAUUUGGGAGACUGCAGCAAGGACUCAGGUCUCAGCUGCUCCACCAUGAACUCCACAAUAAAUGACAAACCCAAGGGCAAGCAGUACCGUCUAGUUUCCGUUCCAUACUCUGCGGACAUAGCGUCGGUCUUUGUCCUGGAUGCUACCACGAUGGCUCGGCCGGAUAGCCUGGUGCCGCAGUCGAGUUACGUGCGCCUGCAGCACAUUUGCUCCAAUACAUGGGUCCACGCCACCUCAAUACCCAUCGAUGCCGACGAUGACAAGCCGGUGAUGUCUAUGGUUUGCUGCUCGCCCAUCAAAGAGGACAAGGAGGCAUUUGCGUUGAUUCCUGUCUCUCCGGUGGAGGUGCGAGACCUUGACUUUGCCAACGAUGCCUGCAAAGUUCUGGCCACGGUGACCAGCAAGCUGGACAACGGCAGCAUCUCUAUCAACGAGCGGCGAGCUCUGAUAUCGCUGCUGCAAGAUAUAGUUUACUUCAUCGCCGGAAUGGAGAAUGAGCAGAACAAAACAAAAGCACUGGAGUUCACUAUAAAGAAUCCCAUACGAGAUCGACAGAAGUUGCUCCGCGAACAGUAUAUCCUUAAGCAGCUGUUCAAGAUCCUCCAGGGACCUUUCCAGGAGCACACGGCCGGCGAUGGUCCUUUUCUGCGGUUGGACGAGCUUAGUGACCCAAAGAACAGUCCGUACAAGAACAUCUUCAGACUGUGCUAUCGAAUCCUUAGGCUGUCGCAGCAGGAUUAUCGAAAGAAUCAGGAGUACAUUGCCAAGCACUUUGGCCUAAUGCAGAAGCAGAUUGGAUACGAUAUCCUGGCAGAGGACACCAUUACGGCCCUGCUGCACAACAACCGGAAGCUGCUGGAGAAACACAUCACCGCCGCAGAGAUCGAGACGUUCGUCGGCUUGGUGCGGAAGAACAUGCACAACUGGGACUCUCGGUUUCUAGACUACCUCUCCGACUUGUGCGUCUCCAACCGCAAAGCCAUCGCUGUCACUCAGGAGCUGAUCUGCAAGAGCGUGCUAAGCGACAAGAACAAGGACAUACUGAUCGAGACGCAGGUGAGGGCUUUGCAGAGUGGAUCUAGCUCAGCGCGCUGCUACAAAGGCACCUCCGAGGACGUGUGUCUGGCCACUUUGGCCGAGGUAGCCGGCGACGAUGAAGAUCGAUCCGAUGUGCAGUCCACGUCCACCACAACCACCUGGGACAGUGCCAGCUUGAAUGAAGAUGAUAGCAGCCUCUCGACGGUGGACAAAUACGAAAUCCAUCUGAAAUGGACAGGUCAACCGACUUCCCGUUCCAUGGCUGAUUUGGCCAACUGCGAUGCCGGCGAGCUGGAGGCUGCCAUCCUGAACUACUAUCGCCACCAGUUGAAUCUGUUUUCCAACAUGUGCCUCAACCGACAGUACCUGGCCUUGAAUGAGCUUUCGCCUCGCCUGGAUAUUGAUUUGAUUCUGAAAUGCAUGUCGGAUGAGACGAUGCCCUACGAGCUGAGAGCUUCAUUCUGUAGGCUGAUGCUGCAUCUCCACGUGGAUCGCGAUCCCCAGGAGCCAGUCACUCCCGUAAAGUACGCCCGUCUCUGGAGUGAGAUUCCCUCGAAAAUGUCGAUCAUGGACUAUGAUGGCAAGAACCAGCAGCCGGACCAAAACAAGCAAGCCUGUCGGGCCAAGUUCAACACAACCAUCGCCUUUGUGGAGAACUAUCUGUGCAAUGUGGCCACCAAGGUGUGGCUCUUCACAGAUCAGGAACAAAACAAACUCACCUUUGAGGUUGUUAAACUGGCUAGGGAUCUAAUAUACUUCGGAUUCUACAGCUUCAGUGAUCUUUUAAGACUCACCAAGACGCUGCUGUCCAUACUGGACUGCGUAUCCGACACCUCAUCAGGAGCCUUUGCCAGCACGGAUAUUGACUCUGUCGAAGAGGAGACCAGCACAGAGGCCGAAGGCGGGGUUCUGCGCUCAAUCGGUGAUAUUAACACGGUGAUGACAUCGUUGGCCCUGGGAUCGGUGGGCCAGGCCAUAGCUGCUCCCAAUAUCUCCCUACAGCAGCGAAAGUCCGUCUCCCAGCUGAUGAAGGAGUAUCCGUUGGUGAUGGACACCAAACUGAAGAUAAUUGAGAUCCUCCAGUUCAUUUUGGACGUACGUCUGGACUAUCGGAUCAGUUGCCUGCUCUCCAUAUUCAAGCGGGAGUUUGACGAGUCCGAGGUGGCUGCAUCGGCUGCCAGCAGUGAAGCGGGUCAGCCGCCAUCUCAGCCGCAGUCACCGCAGACGCCGGGUAGCACCAACGAGACCGAUCCUCUGGAGAAUUCUGAGUCUGUAGCAGCUGCUGCCGCAGCAGCAGCCGCCGCCACCGCUGCCCGUCAGAAGAACAUUGAUUUGGAAUCCAUCGGCGUGCAGGCAGAGGGCAUCUUCGACUGUGAACGCAGCGAUGCAGCUAACCUGGACUUGGAUGGCCAGGGCGGACGCACUUUUCUGCGUGUUCUUCUCCACUUAAUAAUGCAUGACUACGCCCCACUAGUCUCUGGCGCCCUGCACCUACUCUUCCGGCACUUUAGCCAGCGCCAGGAAGUGCUCCAGGCUUUCAGACAGGUGCAACUUCUGGUGUCGGACAGCGACGUGGAGUCGUAUAAGCAGAUCAAAUCCGAUCUUGACAUCCUGCGACAGAGCGUAGAGAAAUCAGAGUUGUGGGUCUACAAGGCCAAGGCCACAGAUGAACUGGGCGCCACCGAUGCCGGAGGUGAUGCUGUCAACGUUGAGUACAAUGCUGCCUUGUCCCAGGAGCAGCGAAACGAGUACCGCAAGGUCAAGGAGAUUCUCAUCCGCAUGAACAAGUUCUGCGUCACUGCCUCUGGUCCGGGUUCGGUGGUCAAGCCGCGAAAGCACGAGCAGCGCUUGCUUCGCAACGUUGGUGUCCACACCGUCGUCCUUGAUCUUCUCCAGAAUCCCUACGACGAAAAGGACGAUGAGCUGAUGAAGGAGCUUAUGUGCUUGGCCCACGAGUUUCUUCAGAACUUCUGUCUCGGCAAUCAGCAGAACCAGGUCCUGCUGCACAACCACCUCGAUCUAUUUCUAAAUCCAGGAAUACUGGAGGCGAAGACCGUGUGUGCAAUCUUCAAGGACAACCUGGCGCUUUGCAAUGAGGUGACGGACAAGGUGGUGCAACACUUCGUGCAUUGCAUUGAGAUCCAUGGCCGUCACGUAGCCUACCUGCAGUUUCUGCAGACAAUAGUGCGAGCGGAGAACCAGUUCAUCCGCCGCUGCCAGGACAUGGUCAUGCAGGAGCUCAUCAACUCUGGGGAAGAUGUGCUGGUCUUCUACAACGACAAAGGCUCCUUUAACCACUUCGUGCAGAUGAUGCAACAGCAGAUGCUGCGCAUGGAGAAGCUAAGCGACGACAGCCCCCUGAAGUACCAUGUAGAGCUGGUGAAACUCCUCGCCUGCUGUACCAUGGGCAAGAACGUUUACACGGAGAUUAAGUGCAAUAACCUGCUCUCGCUGGACGAUAUAGUUACCAUCAUCUGCCAUCCGCUCUGCAUGCCAGAAGUGAAGGAGGCUUACGUAGACUUCCUUAAUCACUGCUACAUUGACACGGAGGUGGAAAUGAAGGAGAUCUACGCCUCCGGACACAUGUGGAACCUGUUCGAGAAGAGCUUUCUGGUGGACAUCAAUCAGCUUAUCUCAAAUCCUGCCGCUGCCAGCAACAAAACCCUGCAGGCCUACGUCCUGAAUGGAGUAACAAACCUUCUGAGUAGCUUCUUUGCCAGUCCGUUCUCAGAUCAGAGUGCCAUCGUGCAGUCCCGCCAGCUGAUCUUCGUUCAGCUGCUUCAGGCUGCCCACAGGCUGACCCAGUGCCGGUGGCUAUCGCUGGGGGAUCGCUUCAAUGUGGAGAAUUGCAUCCGUACACUGACUGAGUCGGCCAAGAUGCGAAGCAUCUCACUGCCCCCCGAGCUGGAACAGCAGGUGGCCACCAUGUCCAGCAAGACAGCAAUGCUAACGCGUCAGACCACGAAGUGGCUGCUGGCCUCUAAGCAGCCCAAGUACGAGGCCCAACAAUCGGCCAGUCUAAUGCGCUGGGAUCGCUCAAUCAUUGAGGGCUUACAGGAUAUCGUAUCUCUCUUGGAGGAUCAACUAAAGCCUGUGGUGGAAGCGGAACUAUCACUUCUUGUGGAUAUUCUGUACCGGUCGGAGUUACUCUUCCCCGCCGGAACUGAGGCCCGAAAGCGCUGCGAAAGUGGUGGUUUCAUCCGAAAGCUGAUCAAGCACACCGAAAAGCUACUGGAGGAAAAGGAGGAACGCAUGUGCGUUAAGGUCCUGCGUACACUGCGUGAAAUGAUGGCCAUCGAUGUGAACUACGGUGAGAAGGGCGAUGCACUGCGCCAGACGCUUCUGCUGCGCUAUUUCCAGAGCAAGAGCACGAGGUUGCCAGAAGAGGAAAUGCCGCUGUUGACCAAUCCCUUGGUGGAUCCCGCCAAGCAACACCAUCUAGUGACUCACGGACCAGGGGCUAAGUACUUACAGCGAGCGGGCAAAACCCUACACGAGAUGCAGAACCAUUUGGACCGUGAGGGAGCUUCCGACCUGGUAGUUGAACUGGUCAUCAAGUCAGUACACUCGCCCAAUAUAUUCGUCGAGGCUGUAGAGUUGGGAAUUGCUUUGCUAGAGGGCGGCAACCCCAUUAUACAGAAGGGUAUGUUCCAAAAGUUCCUCAGCGACGACCUCAACCAGGCCUUUUUCAAAGUGUUCUUCGAGAAAAUGAAGGAUGCUCAACAGGAGAUCAAGUCCACCGUAACAGUCAAUACCACGGAUAUUGCGGCCAAGGCGCAUGAACACAAACAAGAUGGCAAUCUGGAGCUGGACAAGAUCUCUCGCAAGCAUGGCCUUAAGAGCAACGGUGUGGUUAUCACAGAAGAACUCAAGCGUGAACUGCACAAUGCUGGACUGGCGACUGCACGGGCGUACGGCAAUGCUAGAAACAUCCACUCCGGCGAAGAAAGUUCCGCGAUCAGUGUUAACAGUCCGCUGGAGGACAUUCUGGCCGAGAAGCUGGAAAAGCACAAGGACAGUCGGGAGCAGCGUAACCAGUUGUCCAACAAGGUGCUAGUGAUGCAGCCUAUUUUACGAUUUCUACAGCUGCUCUGCGAAAAUCACAAUCCUGACAUGCAGAAUCUGCUGAGAAACCAGAACAACAAGACGAACAACAACCUGGUAUCGGAGACGCUGAUGUUCUUGGACUGCAUUUGUGGCUCGACGACGGGUGGCCUGGGACUUCUAGGCCUGUACAUAAACGAGCACAAUGUUGCCCUGAUCAAUCAGACAUUGGAGGCCCUCACAGAGUACUGCCAGGGACCGUGUCACGAGAACCAGAACUGCAUAGCUACCCACGAGUCGAAUGGAUUGGACAUUAUUACGGCACUCAUACUAAACAACAUCAAUCCACUGGGAGAAAACCGCAUGGAUCUGGUUCUAGAGCUAAAGAACAAUGCCUCAAAGCUGCUUUUGGCCAUUAUGGAGAGCCGUGGUGACAGUGAGAAUGCUGAACGCAUUCUUUACAACAUGAAUCCCAAGCAACUUGUUGAGGUGGCCUGCAAAGCCUAUCACCAGGAGGAGCUAAUUGACGAACAGGACGAUGGAGAUGAGCCGGAUGCCGGGUCGGAUGAUGAUGAUGCCACCGUGAGUCCGCGAGAGGUGGGACACAACAUAUACAUCUUGUGCCACCAGCUGGCGCAGCACAACAAGGAGUUGGCCGGCCUGCUUAAGGCUUCUGAGGACCCUCAGUCCGCCAGCUUUGACGCCAAGACAAGUCAAGCCUUGAUGUACUAUGCCACACACACUGCCCAGAUUGAGAUUGUUCGCAACGACCGCACUUUGGAGCAGAUCGUUUUUCCCAUUCCCGAGAUCUGCGAAUACCUGACCACAGAUACAAAAAUCAAAAUCCUGAACACCGCAGAACGGGACGACCAGGGAUCCAAAGUGGCUGAUUUCUUUGACAAAGCAGAGGAAAUGUUCAACGAGAUGAAGUGGCAAAAGAAGCUUAGAAGUCAACCUUUACUAUUUUGGAUUAGCAGUUACAUGUCCCUUUGGAGCAAUAUACUCUUUAAUUGUGUGGUUGUUAUCAACAUGAUCGUGGCCUUCUUCUAUCCCUUUGAUAACACUGUGCCAGAGCUCAGUUCUCAUAUAUCAUUGUUGUUCUGGAUUAUAACGAUAUUCUCACUUGUGAUUGUGAUAACGUUGCCCCGAGAGUCUGGGAUUAGAACGUUUAUCGGGUCCGUAAUCCUACGUUUUAUCUUCCUAUUAGGACCGGAGUCCACACUUUGUUUACUGGGAGUAGUGACGGUUACUCUGAAAAGUGUUCACAUAGUGAGCAUAAUGGGCAACAAGGGCACUCUGGAAAAGCAGCUAAUUAAAAUUAUAACUGACUUCCAGUUACUUUACCACUGCAUUUACAUAGCAUUUUGCUUCUGUGGCCUGAUCUUUCAUCCCUUCUUCUAUUCAUUGCUGCUCUUUGAUGUGGUCUACCGGGAGGAGACGCUGGUCAAUGUAAUUCGUUCCGUGACGCGCAAUGGACGAUCCAUUGUUUUGACAGCUGUGCUCGCCCUGAUCCUGGUCUAUUUGUUCUCAAUCAUUGGCUACAUGUUUUUCAAGGAUGACUUUCUGGUUAGUGUGGACUUUGAGGAGCAGGACAAUCCAUCUUCUCCGACAGUCCCCUUGACUAUAUCAGUACCAGUAUCAGGAAAUGCAUGUCCUGCUCCAGAUGAACUGGGCAACUGCCCGGCAGGACAAGAUGUGGCGCCACAAAAUCCUGGUGGCGGUGAUGUAAAGGAACGGUCUUGCGACUCGCUAGUCAUGUGCAUAGUUACAACACUUAAUCAAGGCUUGCGAAAUGGCGGUGGUAUUGGCGAUAUACUCAGGGCACCUUCAAGCAAGGAGGGUUUGUUCGUGGCUCGCGUAAUCUACGACCUUCUUUUCUUCUUCAUUGUGAUUAUUAUUGUGUUGAACCUUAUAUUUGGUGUCAUUAUCGACACCUUUGCCGAUCUGAGAUCGGAGAAGCAGCAGAAAGAGGCCAUCCUUAAGACGACCUGCUUCAUCUGUUCUCUUAAUAGGUCGGCCUUUGACAACAAGACAGUUAGCUUCGAGGAGCACAUCAAGAGUGAGCACAAUAUGUGGCACUAUCUGUACUUCAUAGUGCUAGUAAAAGUGAAGGAUCCCACUGAGUUCACUGGACCUGAAAGCUAUGUGUAUGCCAUGGUCAAGGCAGGAAUCCUAGAGUGGUUCCCCCGGUUGCGCGCCAUGUCGCUGGCGGCUGUGGAUGCUGAUGGAGAGCAGAUUGAGUUGCGCAGCAUGCAAGCGCAGCUUCUGGACACGCAGAUGCUCAUAAAGAACCUAUCCACCCAACUGCAUGAACUUAAGGACCAUAUGACGGAACAGCGGAAACAGAAGCAACGGUUGGGAUUACUCAACACAACGGCACACAGCCUCCUUCCGUUCCAGUGAGGCUGUUAGAAUAGAAUGGAAAUUUAGGUUGACACUUAAUUUUGGCUAACAUUCCCUGUGCACGCGCGUAAAUGUGAACCCAAAAGUAUUGGCACUACUCGCCAUAAAACCUCUUCGUAACUCAUUCUCAAUGUAUUCACUGCGGGAGUGAUCAAGAUGCAUAAAACUACAAAAAUGUUUGAAAAUCCCAAGUAAAUACCAAUAAUCUUUCUGUAUUAGAUUCGAAUUCCAAAAACGACAAACAAAUUUGCUCAAAUAAUAUCCCUCAGGAUGAAAUUCUAAAAUUUUAACCAAUUGAGUACAGUUAUAUGUAGUGAACCCACUCAGAGAACUUAGGGCUGUUAACAUGUUAUUUAGUGGGCGUGUUAAGCAUUUUUCACAACCUGAAAUCUAUUCACCUUACCUCUCCUCGACAACUUUGUAAUACCUGAAGCUAGAACCUAGACCUAUGUAGUUAACUCAAAAAUGUUCGCAGAGCGACCACAAUACAAUUUUCAAAAAUGUUUUACGAUGUUUUAAAUUAAAUAUAUUAUUUAAUUGUUAAUACUGUAUGAAUAUAUGUUCAUAAGUUUCAAUGCAAGAAGAUUUCUACUUGAAAAAACUUAUUAUUGUGAUUACCCUUUUUUAUAUUGAUUCCGUUUUCAUUUGCGAAUGGUUUACUUAGUGCUCGAAACGAGUUGUGUUGGUUACAUUCAUUCUAAGCUAACAGUUAGAGUAUACACCCUAAGCGAAACUAUACUAUUGUUAAGUGAAACUUUAUAUCUUUACAUGUAAAAGGAAAUAUAUCUUUUAAAUAAAUACUAUCAAAUUA